GUGGUCGCGCGGCUCCAUGGAAACAGCGCACGCCUUUUUCGAAUAUGCGCUUAGCUAAUGUUAGCUAGUUCGAGAAAGAAAAAAAGAAAGAAGAGAAAAUCUGCGUUAUAUAGUAAGAAGAAAACCAAGUAUUUGUGUUGAAAGUAUUUGUAGUUUGGAGUCUCGUCAUGAUGAGUCGCACACCGGACGCACGAGCGAGAGACACCCAGACCAAGCAGAUCCAUGACAGCAUCAGCCAUGUGGAGAAACAUUUUGGGGAGAUGUGCCAGCUUCUCGCAGGGUAUGUACGUAAAACGGCCCGGCUCAGAGACAAGGCUGACCUGCUGGUCCGAGAGAUCGGUGUCUACGCAGACGUAGAGACGCCCAAUCUGAAAAACGGACUGAAGCAUUUUGCUGAUCAGCUCUCCAAGAUUCAGGACUACAGACAAGCCCAGGUUGAAAGACUCGAUGCCCGAGUGGUGGAGCCUCUGAAAGCGUACGGUUCGAUUGUGAAGCUGAAAAGGGAGGACCUGAAACUUACCCAGAGUGCCAGGAAUCGAGAGGCGAAGCAGAUGCAACAGCUGGAGAGAACGAGACAGAGGAACCCCUCUGACAGACAGAUCAUUUCACAGGCUGAGAGCGAGCUGCAGCGAGCCACGAUGGACGCCACGCGCACGACUCGCCAGCUCGAGGAGACAAUAGACCUGUUUGAAAGGCAGAAGAUCCGAGAUAUCAAGAAAAUCUUCGGGGAGUUUGUGACGGUCGAGAUGGCAUUUCACGCCAAAGCGCUGGAGGUCUACACCACCGCCUAUCAGCACAUCCAGAACGUGGAUGAAGAAGCCGAUUUAGAGGUUUUCCGGAGCACCCUGCAUCCCUCUGACUAUCAGUCCCGCAUAGAGAUCGUCCGUGCUAACUCCAAAACGUCCUUAAAUCACACCAGCGCGUCCAUGAGUAAAUCAGGGACCUUGCAGUCCCAGGCGACAAAAGGACAGCGGAAAGAGGUUGAAGACGAUGAAGAAGAGGAUGAGGAGGAGGAGGAGGAUGACGACGAGGACGAUGACGAAGAUGACGAUUUGGAAGACGUUACAGACGACGAGAAAUAAUUCGUCUGCUUGUGCCAUGGUACUUUUUUUUUUUUUAUCUCUCAACGUCUUGUGUAUUAAUCGACCAGAAGUCGUUAUUAACUCUGAUAUUAUUGCCUAAUUUUUAAGUUUUAUAUAAAGCAUGUGCAGUGUUUUUUUUUUGUUUUUUUUUUCUUUUUAGUGCCAACAGUGUUUCAUUCUUUGCUCAGUGUUAAAAAAGCAGAUAUGAUUCAUUCACGUGACUUGAAUAUACUCCAGAUAUUUUUAAACGAUGACGUAACGGUGUCGGUUCUUGCGCAGAGCGGAAUAAAAGGACAAUCCUUAA